GAAAGAGGACAUGAAAAAUAAUCGAACAAAUCUCGCUUCUUCAGCUUCUUCCGGCGAGAGACGCGGUCGUUCAAACACGUAUACGACCGCUGCGCAAGUUCACGGAAAGCCGGUCGGUCAUGGAGGCGAUGAGGCACGCCUCCACUUUCCUUCGCUUUCCUGCGCCGCCCGACAUCAGCUUGCCUUCCUACGCGCUCGUCGUUCUAAACCAGCGCCUCCCUCGAUUCGCGCCCGUACUUUGGAGCCACGCAAAGCUCCGUGUUUUUGCCGAUGGAGGGGCGAAUCGUGUGUAUGACGGCAUGCCCAAUUUAUUCCCUGAGAUAGAUCCGAUGGAAGUGCGGCACAGGUACAAACCAGACAUAAUUAGGGGUGACAUGGACUCAAUAAGACCAGAAGUGAAGGAAUUCUAUGUUAACAUGGGUGUCAAAGUAGAGGAUGUAUCAUAUGACCAGGACACCACAGAUCUACACAAAUGUGUUAAUUAUGUUUGUGAUUCCAUGGACGAAUUGGCUAAGUCAAAUCUGACUGAAGCCGCAUACUCAUCACAGUUUUGCAUUUUAAUUGCUGGAGCUCUUGGCGGAAGAUUUGAUCAUGAAGCUGGAAACAUCAACGUAUUGUACAAGUUCUCAAACAUACGAAUCAUUCUUCUUUCAGAUGAUUGUUUGAUCCAACUUCUUCCAAAGACGCAUUGCCACGAGAUCCACAUCCAGUCAUCAGUAGAAGGCCCGCAUUGUGGAUUGGUUCCUAUAGGUGCACCAUCUGCCAGCACCACUACCACUGGUCUGCAAUGGGAUUUGACUGACACAGGAAUGAGCUUUGGCGGUUUGAUAAGCACUUCAAACAUUGUGCGCGAAGACACGAUUACUGUCAAGUCUGAUACAGAUCUUCUUUGGACUAUCUCUAUUAAAAAGGAUUUUUGAGAGACAUCUUUUGAAUGCUGUUUUUCUGGUGAUUAUAAGCUGUUUAUCUGGUGACACUAGGUUAUAUCAUUUAGGAAUGAAACAGAAAAGGAGCAAUUUUGUAGGUUUUACCUUGUUUGAUAAGUCAUUGAUAAGUUUUUAAAAAAAAAAAGCUUGUGAUUUGUAGUAAUGUCUUGGUGUUUCUUAGAUUUUUUUUUUUUUUUAAAAAAAAAAGCCUGAAAUGAUUAUUAUAGGGUCCCAUAUCCAUCAAAUGACCCCUUGCCCUGUAUUAUUGAACUGUAGAUAAUUUAGUUGUUUUCCAUUGUAACAACUGUGUUUAUUGAACUGUAGAUAAUUUAGUUGUUUUCCAUUGUAACAACUGUGUAGAUGUAUCACUCCUUGAUUGUAUUAACUUUGCUUCUCUGGAUUAUUAUUAUUUUU